AAGGGGCCAACUUGAACUUGUAAAGAUCGUCUUGUCCAAAAAGUCACGUAUGUAGGGAAAGAGACUUGAAAGUGAAUCAAAAUCCAUUCCGAGAUGACAAAGCGAGACUGACUGAAAAUAGAAGAAGGCAAUUCGAACCUUGGUUUCUUCCCUUUCAGUAUAAUUCUAUUUGAAGAUCUUUGCUUGGAGUAAACUUGCUAUCGCCUGAUUACUAUCAUGUUAUAUACCUCCUUGAUCUUUGACCUUGAUUUUGAUCAAGCAGAGGGCUCAAGCAGGGUCACUGGAAUAGGAAAUCAGCAAGAGCUUAUUUCCUGUUUCCAAACCCUGUUUGAGAAACUCGAGCUCUCUGCAUGAUCAGAGGGAUUGGGAAUUGCAUUUGAAACACAUUUAAUCCUCUUGGUUUUUCUCACUUCGGGGGGUUGCAUCCUCAUCGAAUAGAGAUAAAUGGAAAGAAAAUUAGAGGGGCUGGCUGAGCGAUCAAAAAAUUAUGAACAAUAUAAGUACGACUCCAUGGUGACUAGAAGUGAGGGACUUGGCCCUGCAAAUCAGAGGCUCUUGCAGGUCCCAUCGAGUACCGUGGGUACCAUUGCCAGACCUCCGGAGUUGAAUGUAUCAGGUACAAAUAAACCUGUGUUGAAUUACUCUAUUCGGACAGGAGAGGAGUUUGCUCUUGAAUUUAUGCAGGAACGGGCAAAUUCCAGAAAACCCCCCAUCCCAAAUGCAGCUGGAGAUCAGGAGAAUAUCACUACUUAUACGGAUCUGAAGGGAAUUCUGGGCAUUACCCACAUAGGGUCAGAAAGUGGAUCAGAUGCUUCAAUGCUUAUUAGGGGAGAAAAAGGUCCAGGUAAGGAGUUUGAGAAGAAAGGCUCUUAUCAUUAUCAAUCUGAAGAAAAGGCUUACCAUGAAUCUGCACAGUCAGUACUGCGUUCUCCAUCGGGUGAUGGCAGCAGUCGAGGAGCCGUUCAUGGUUACAUCUCUUCAGGGGCCUCUGAUAGCUCGUUGGCAAAGCUAAAGAUCCUCUGUAGCUUUGGUGGUAAAAUCCUACCCCGUCCACGUGACGGGAAACUUAGGUAUGUGGGAGGUGAUACACGGAUUAUUAGAAUAAGCAAGGACAUCUCUUGGCAAGAACUCAUGCAGAAGGCCUCGAAGACUUACAGCCAAGCUCAUACCAUCAAAUAUCAGCUGCCUGGGGAGGAUCUCGAUGCGUUGGUAUCUGUGUCUUGUGAUGAAGAUCUGCAGAACAUGAUGGAGGAAUGUAGCGUGCUAGAAGGAAGCAAGGGAUCACAAAAACUCCGGAUGUUUCUGUUUUCUGCGAUUGAAUUGGAUGAUGCUCAUUCCAGUGUUGGCAGCCUGGAUGGAAAUUCUGAAAUACAGUAUUUUGUUGCUGUCAAUGGCAUGGAUUCAGAACAAGAAAAGAACGGUGAUGGUUUAGGAAGCAUGUCGGCAAAUGAUUUGGAUCGGUUACACAGUCCUAACAUUGGUGGUGCUCAGGAGGCAAGCAGAUUUGAGACAGAAUCAGUUGCUCCACCUUUCACAGGCAUUUUGUUACCUCCAUCUUCUACGCCAAUGCAAGAAAGUUCAUUGAACUAUUACGGAACCCAAGUGCAACCUUAUCAGGGCCAAAUAACACAUUAUGCAGAGGGUGGGCACUACCCAAUUUUGGGUGUCCACCCUCCUGACAGCUAUAGUGAUGUGCAUGGCGGGGCUUCAAUUUCUUCAUUCACGCCUUUACAAUAUGGCUACAAUUCACAUUAUGCACUGUUUGGGGAAAGUUCAGUUCCGUUGCCCCUCCACGAGCCUGUGUCUCUGCCACAGGGAGGUUUGUCUGAAGGGUUAAACAGUGGUUUCAGACCAAAGGAUUUAGAAGUAUCGGCUAACGAGGUGACAUUGAAAGUUGAAGGUCCAAUCCAGCAAAAGAAUGAAGUUGUACAAAAUCAAUUUCUACAGAAGGAAGUUGUUUCUUCCAUGCAGCAGCAUGCUAGUUCUGUUCCGAAGAACAUUCCAGCUGAAGUGUCCUUGUCCACACCUCCACCUGAGAGAGGAACAUCUUUAUUGCCUUCCCGAUAUAAUGGUGACAUCCUGGAGCCUGUACGGGUGUCAACACCACCUGAUGCUGUGAAUGCAAGCCAAAGUCUUUAUUCUAAUGACGAUGACCAUUACAUCACAUCUGAGGGUGAUCCAGCUGAUUUUAGUUGCUACGAGCCACCUUUGCAUACUCAGCGUGUCUUUCAAUCUGAGAGUAUUCCUCGGGAGCAGAUGGAGUCGCUAAAUCGGUUAUCUAAAUCUGAUGAUAACAUUGGUUCUCAGUAUCUUAAGACUCACUUGCGUCCUAGUCUAGUGCCAGAAGAAUCUAUCACUGAAUCUGUUGAACCAUUGCAUGAAGGGAACCUAGUUUCCCAUGCUGAUCAAUCCUUUAAUCCAGAAAAACCAUUGUAUACAAGUCCUCCUACCAUUGAAGAUGGACUGACGGAGUUUGAAAAAUAUAAAGAAUUGGCUAAUGCAAUUAUGCAUAUGAAUAAGAAUAAACCCAUCUUUGCACAAGAGGGGAUGGAUUCUCUGCAAUUUGUUCAUCAUGGGCCGGAGGAAGACUCGAAUGAUGGUGAAAUGACCAGGGUCAAAGCUCAUCUUAAAGAACCACGCGCUGAUAAGGUAGCUGGACCAGAAAUCCCAUCUGCGGGCCCAGGGGCUGGGAUAAAGUUGCAGGAAGAUCCUGCUUCAGGUCUGCCGGAUCAAGGGGAUAUUCUUAUUGAUAUCAACGAUCGGUUCCCCCCUGAUUUACUUUCUGAUAUAUUUUCCAUGGCAAGAAUUUCGGAUGAUCCCACAGUUAUGAGUCCCCUGAACAAAGAUGAAGCUGGCUUGAGCCUAAACAUGCAGAACCAUGAACCUCAGAACUGGUCAUUCUUUCGAAAUUUGGCACCAGAUGAAUUUGGCCGGAAAGAUGUUUCUCUAAUGGAUCAGGAUCAUAUUGUUUUUCACUCUCCACACAGAAUGGUCGAAGAGGGUGCUGCUCAAACCUACAGAUUUUCACCUUUAAAGAGUGAGGGAGUUACCUUAGGUCAUUUGGAAUCUCAAGUUGAUCUCAACGAGGAUAUUAUGCAACAACCAGAAGAUAUUAUUGGAGCUGACACCAGUGGUUUGCACCCAGAUUUUAUCUAUUCUCAGGUCAUCCAUUCCCAUUUAGGGGAUAAGGGCAGUCAAGGCCUGCAGGUAGAGGAUACCUCAUUUUCAAAUAUAGGGGGAAACCAAAAAACUCCAGACUUAGAGUACGAGGAAGGGAGGUUGGAAGCCGAGCAUAAUGAUGGACGUGUUGUUGAUUCUUCUCUGGUUGAUAUUGGUUUCAGUGACUUGCAGAUCAUAAAGAAUGAGGACCUUGAAGAGCUAAAAGAAUUGGGUUCUGGGACAUUUGGUACUGUAUAUCAUGGAAAAUGGAGGGGCACAGAUGUCGCCAUUAAAAGAAUAAAGAAGAGCUGCUUUGCAGGUCGAUCAUCUGAGCAAGAGAGAUUGACAGUGGACUUUUGGCGGGAAGCUGAAAUUAUCUCAAGGCUUCACCAUCCAAAUGUUGUGGCUUUUUAUGGUGUUGUACAAGAUGGACCAGGGGGAACAUUAGCCACUGUAGCAGAGUUCAUGGUGAAUGGUUCACUUAGACAUGUUUUGCUACGCAAGGACAAGUAUCUUGAUCGCCGUAAGCGGCUCAUCAUUGCAAUGGAUGCAGCUUUUGGGAUGGAAUAUUUACACUCUAAGAAUAUUGUGCAUUUCGAUUUGAAGUGUGAUAAUUUGCUUGUCAACUUGAAGGAUCCGUUGCGACCGAUUUGCAAGGUAGGCGAUUUUGGCCUGUCAAAAAUUAAGAGAAAUACCCUGGUUUCGGGUGGUGUAAGGGGAACUCUGCCAUGGAUGGCUCCGGAGCUUUUAAAUGGCAGUAGUAGCAAGGUCUCUGAAAAGGUUGAUGUAUUCUCAUUCGGCAUUGUCAUGUGGGAAAUUCUCACGGGAGAGGAACCUUAUGCCAACAUGCAUUAUGGCGCAAUCAUAGGAGGUAUUGUGAGUAACACGCUGAGGCCACCUGUUCCAAAUUUCUGUGACCCUGAGUGGAGGAGGCUAAUGGAGCAAUGUUGGGCCCCGGAUCCCAUGGCUCGGCCGUCGUUCACAGAGAUAGUCAGCCGUUUUCGUCUAAUGUCUACAGCCACACAAAGCAAGGCACAAAAUCAGGGAACCAAAUGAUACGAUUGUCAAAUCCCCUAAAUUUGUACAUGGCUGCUUUGACGUGUUGAUUUAUUCAUUUUCCAAUUGCAUGCUGUGAAGAUGUGUGCCUGUAGUAAUAGAUUUAUUACAUUUGGAGGGAGGUGUCCUCCUGCAUAGGAAAGAAAAGAAUAGAUAUGCUUGAGUUUUUUUUUAUAAUUACAGUUCUGAAAUGUUUCUUUCUGCAACAUUAUGUAACUGUUUGUUGUGUGCAACUCUCACCAAUCGAUAGAAAUACAAAUUGGGAUUUCACUACUAA